AUGGCCAUCUUUCCUAAACCAAGAAAAGAAUUGAAACAAUUUUGCUUCUUCACAAAGAAAUUUCUUAGCUUAAAUUAAGUUCAUUUCCUCUUCUUACACUUGCUUCCCAUGGAAGGUGGAGAAGGAGAUGGAAGUGCUUAUCAACCAUAUCAAAAUUUACCAAAUAACCUUUCUAUUUUUCAACAAGGUUCUCCACUAACAACCAUUAAUAGCUUCUUAGGGAGUCACCAAAACCAGUUCUCUUCCCAACAAUGUUCAAACAAUAACUAUAACAUUUUUACUCAAGGUGGUGCUUUCUAUGAUUUUUCUUCUUAUAGCAACAAUGCAAGUGGCAGUAGUAGCCAAGCAAAUGGGAUUUCUUGGACAAAGUUUUCAGAGCCAAGCUUAAUGGAUAGCAUUCUCUUUAAUGGACAAAAUGUUGUUCACUCGAAUAAUCAAGAGAAUGGCAUGGCACAGGAGAUGCUACCAUCUCCAAAGAAUUUUAAAGAGACCGGAAAAAAAGCAAAAGAAGGGACUUCUUCUUCUACUGUGCUAGUCAAGGGCCAGUGGACGGAAGAAGAAGAUAGGACAUUGGUGAAAUUGGUAAAGCAGUUUGGUAUGAGGAGAUGGGCUCAGAUAGCUGAGAAUAUGGCUGGCAGGGCAGGAAAACAGUGUCGCGAGAGAUGGCAUAACCAUUUGCGUCCAGAUAUCAAGAAAGACGCAUGGAGUGAAGAAGAAGAAUUGAUGUUAGUGGAAGCACAUAAGCAAAUUGGAAACAAAUGGGCAGAGAUUGCUAAAAGAAUUCCUGGAAGGACAGAGAACGCAAUUAAGAAUCACUGGAAUGCCACUAAAAGAAGGCAAAACUCGAGGAGGAACAAGUUCAAGAAACAAGAAAAAGACUGCCAAAAUGAGUCCAAAUAUCGAUCCAAUAUUCUCCAAGAUUAUAUUAGAAGCAAGUACUUCAGUGAUGGUUCUCCUCCUCCUACCAACACCAUAACUCCAAGUACCAGUGCUAACAUGACAAAUGCAACUCCACCCUAUUCUGAUGAUGAUGAUUCUCCAUCUUUGCUCACUAGUCAAACAUAUGAUGAAGAAAUGAAAUUCAUGGAAAAGUUAUUUGGAAAAAAUUCAUUGGUGGAAAACAAUGGUAAAGUCCCAGAAGCAUUUGAUAAUUAUUCAUCAUCAAGCUCAUUUGGCUUCAACUCCUUUGGAUUUAAUAAUUCAAAGAAUGAUAAUCAGAUGGUUAGCGAUAAUGGUCAAGAUGGACGCAAUUUGUAUCUUGCCUCCGAGCCAAAUAUGCAUAUGGCUGUUCAUGAUCAUCAGUCUCAACAAUCUUAUAAUUCCAACCAUUUUUCAGAUCUUUAUCUUUCCUAUCUCAUGGAUCAUUCUACUUCACCUAAUUCUUUUCCCAAUGCUGAGAGUCUUAUGAAUUCGGGGAUGCUGAUGAAUCAAGGUUCCUCGUCAUUGGGAGGAGACAAGGAAGUUGAUUUAAUGGAGAUGGUUUCAUCUUCUUUCUACCGUCAAAACACCUCUAAUAACACAUUCUUUUAGUGUGUAAUUGUCAUGUCAGUGUUUUCUAACUAUGGCAAACGUUUCUUGUUUUGGCUAUCGAACGAGGAUCAUGUGUUAC